AUGCAGAAACAAACAUCAAAAAUGAAUUCAAGCGAAAGACGAGUCCAGUUCCUUCCAGCCCAUGAUUCGGUAUUGGAGAUCCCGUCACUGGGGGAGUACACUGAACAGGAUAUCAUGAACUGCUGGUACACGAAGCCAGAGUUCAGAAAAAUCGCUAAGCGAUGCCAGAAACAAGCCCGUCGAUGGGAGUCUGGAAAACCAUCAAUGAACGAAUCUUGUCCUCGAGGACUAGAAAGCUUCAUGCAGGAAGACGGGGAGAUUACUACGGCUUCCGUCGAACAAUGUAUUGACGCUGUAAUGGAUGAGCAAGAAGUCCAAUGGGACAAAGAAGUCGAUGACUACGACCGCUUGGCAGCAGUCUCUGAAGAAGUAUCGAGAUUCAGCGUCAGUUGGGCUCUAGAGAAAGCCCGGACAGAUGAAAAAGAAGCGCAAAGAAUAUACAAACAUAUGGAACAGAAAUACAAGGUGACCAAGUUGAAAUGCGAGUCUCCAACAAGCCUUUCGAAAUCAAUAGAGGAUGGACGAGAUGACCAUACGUCUAUGUGUUCUGAUCUGAGCCAUCCUGGUGCAGAAUCGCCCCGGCUAACAGAACACCAAAAGACGAAAGGAGCCUCCAAGCCUCCACUAAAAAUGCCCAAGCUCCCUCGUCACGUCAGCGUCACAAUAUAUAGAAAGGUGUCUCCAAUGAUUUGUAGCAGAUGA